AUGGGGCCCACUGAGGAGAACUUGGCGCUUGUGCGCCGGAUGUCCGUAUUCUGGGAGCCGCAUAUGGCGGUCCCGGUGAUUCAGUGGCUGCGCUCUCAGCAGUUGCUGGAAGAAAGCAGCUCCGACGCCUUGUUGGAGUCCAUCCUGCCAAAGACCCCAGAGGGCAUUGCUCAACGGUUGCGAGAACUCGUACAGCAGCAAGGAGGAAAAGCCGAGGAACCCGAGGAGCAGCUGCAGCAGUGGGAGCAGCAGAGUGUUGCCUUGGAGGAGGCGCUGCAGGCGUUCAAGGGGGAGCAGCAGAGGAAGAUAGGCAACCAAUUGGAAAGGAAAAGACUCCGAGAUAUCCUGCAGUGGCAUUACCAGAACCGAGCGGAGGGCAGCUCGACGCCAAACUUGGCGGAGAUCCCGCGAGUGGAGAUGGUGCCUGUGCGUCUGGCCCGUGUGGCGUUUUCCUUGGGUGAUUACAAGAAGGCGUUGCACCACUUGGACUUCUACCUCAACACACUGUCGGAGCUUACCAGUGACAGUGGCGACAUGCAAACGCCUGUAUCGUGCGUGUGGGGCAUUUGCUGCUGCAUUUUGCUGCUGACGCUGUCUGAGCCCGCUGGAGAUAUGCCGAAGGGCCAACAGUCCAACUCAGAGAGCGAGGAGGCGCUGCUGCAGCAGCUUCAGGACGGGGAAGACGGCAAGGACAAGGCCCUUGGCGCAAUCGAAGCCCAUGGUGCUGCGCGUUGCAUCCUGCGUCUCGCCGACAUUCUGGAUCACUCCCAGGCGGCCGCGUCAAAGGCAGCGGCGGGGAUAGGGCCUGAGACUCCGAUGAGCAAGAUAUUCUCCCGGGAGCAGCAGCUGCAACAAAGGGCGUGGCUCCUGCACUGGGCGAUGUGGCUGCUGCUGCGCUACUACCUUCUUCUGACAUACGCCAAAGGACAGUCCUGCCGAAACCAGGCCUGGUCGGCACUCCUGGAUUGGGUCGUCCAGGAAAGGAACUUGACAUGCGUGCACUUGCUCUGUCCUCACUUGCUGCGGUACUACGCCGUCUACGCCAUUAUGAACCGCAAGAGGAAAGAUCACUUCCAGGCCAUUGUGGGGGCCAUUGGCCACACAAAAAAUAAAUACACCGACGCCUUCACGUCGCUGCUGGAGGCUCUUUUCCUUGACUUCAACUUUGACGAGGCCCAGAAGCACAUCACCAGCAUCUCUGAAGUGGGUCUGGUCGUCUUCAUGCUCUUUUUGUUGGAGUUAUGUGAGACGGACUUCUUCCUGGAGCCACUGAAGGGUGCAGUGAACGAACACGCUCGUCUGCUCAUCUUCGAGACAUAUUGCCGCAUCCACAAACGAAUUAAUGUCGAGAUGAUCGCCAAAAAGGUCAACAUGGUGCCGGAGGCUGCAGAACGUUGGAUUGUCAAUCUUAUUCUUCAUGCAAGGCUGGAGGCGCGCAUUGACAGCGAGAAGAAUCGCGUUCAGAUGGCAGGGGCCCCCCCAAGUCUGUACCAGUUGGUGACGGAUAAGACUCGCAACUUGGGCAUGCGCACGAGUCUGCUCAUUCAGAACCUCGGGAGACCUGGCUACAACAGAGAUGAAGAGUCCAAUGCUGUCCGAGGGGGUGGCAGGGGCAGAGGCAGAGGCCGCGGAUGGAUCCGGGGCGGGGGGGAUGCAGGCAGAGACGGGUUCUACAGGGGCCAGGAGUCCUCUAGUGUUGUAACGUCGGGGUUUAACUUCAGAGGUGGCCGAGGGGCCUUUAGAGGAACCUCGCAAGGGGCUCUUGAGACCCGCAAGAUAUCGCCCCUUACGGGUUCAGCAUUCAUGGACUAA